AUGAUCACAGUAGCUGCACUUUCUUUGGCAGAUGUGGUGCUGGAGAAAGCCAUGCACAAGUGCAUCUUAAAGCCCCUGAAGGGGCACGUGGAGGCCAUGCUGAAAGACUUCCAUGUGGCCGAUGGCUCCUGGAGGCAGCUGAAGGAGAGCCUGCAGCUCGUGCGGCAGAGGAAUCCGCAGGAGCUGGGGGUCUUCGCCCCCACCCCCGAUUUUGUGGAUGUGGAGAAAAUCAAGGUCAAAUUCAUGACCAUGCAGAAGACGUAUUCCCCAGAGAAGAAAGUCAUGUUGCUGCUGAGAGUCUGCAAGCUCAUUUACACCGUCAUGGAGAACAACUCAGGGAGAAUGUAUGGAGCGGAUGACUUCCUGCCAGUAUUGACCUAUGUCGUAGCUCAAUGUGAAAUGCUCGAGCUGGACACAGAAAUCGAGUACAUGAUGGAACUAUUAGACCCGUCGCUGUUACACGGAGAAGGAGGCUAUUACUUGACCAGCGCCUACGGAGCACUUUCGCUGAUGAAGAAUUUCCAGGAAGAACAAGCUGCACGCCUGCUCAGCUCAGAGGCCAGAGACACCCUGCGGCAGUGGCACAAAAGAAGAACCGCCAACCGGACGAUCCCUUCCGUGGAUGACUUUCAGAAUUAUCUCCGAGUUGCAUUCCAGGAGGUCAACAGUGGCUGCACAGGAAAGACUCUCCUCGUGAGACCUUACGUCACCACCGAGGAUGUGUGCCAGCUCUGCGCUGAGAAAUUCAAGGUGGGGGACCCUCAGGAGUACAGCCUCUUUCUCUUUGUUGACGAGACUUGGCAGCAACUAGCCGAGGACACUUACCCUCAGAAAAUCAAGGCUGAGCUGCACAGCCGGCCACAGCCCCACAUCUUCCAUUUUGUCUACAAACGCAUCAAGAAUGACCCUUAUGGCGUCAUUUUCCAGAAUGACGAAGAAGACCUCGCCAGCUGAUAGAAGACACAGGGACUUCCCGGCAGUACAUCCAAAGGGGAGGGUGCUGAGGGCAUUGCCUUCUGGCUUCUACGUGCUUGAGCUUAGAAAGCAGUCACCUUCUGGAGACCUCUCAGUUCAGGGAGCGGCCGAGGAUGUCUUUAGCUGCCUCGCUCAAGCAAGGUAGCUAAAGUCCAUGCAAGAGUCAGUGUCUCCUUCAGCGACGGAGAAGGCGUUGGAUGGUUCUAGAGUUCUGAGAUUGUUAGCUACCUACCCCUCAGCCAGGUUCCGUGUUGUCUUAGAUGUGUAUACAUAUGCUGAGAAAACAAGAUACAAGUUCUUCCCUUGAAUUCACCAGCACGUGUUUGACCAGACUGUCCGAUGCGGUGCAUCAGGUACUUCUCUCAGCUUUGUAGA